CCUCCUGUUCAGGUGAGGCGUCUGUGUGCGCGUGCAAGCAAAAAGCGUCAAGAACACGGAGAUGUCUCGCAAAAUGAGAAGAGAAAUACCUUUGUUUUUAUUUGAGGUAACCGUUUAUUUUUACACGUUUCAACUUUGUCACUCGGUAAGUUUAGGACAGCGGGAGGAGGAUGGUUUUGCUGCUCAGCAAGUCCAAAUGUCAACCAGGUGGGAAAGGUUUAACCAAGACCACGACGCCCAGCAGGGGAAUCGGCACUUGGUUAAACGGGUUCUUCAGGGCCCAGAUCUGCGUAAAUCCACGCAGUCGGGUGUCAAGGAGCUUCGGCCUGAAUCUGCGGCCUUUCUCGGAGCGCCAGUCCCAUAUUUUACUGGACCGACACUUGAUGAAAAUGACUUUCUUAACGUUGAAGACUUGUCUUGGACUUCUGGUAAUGUCAGCUGGCAACCACGUGCCUCGGAUUCACACUCUGAAGAUGGAUAUCGAUCACAUCUUACAGGUUUUGAUGGAGUCCAGGGGGUGGUCUUGGGCCCAUUAUUUGACUCCAAUCCACAUUUCUCUGAGUGGCUGGCAAUGAGGCCUUUAUUGCAGUGUGAUGAUAAAGCCAUGACCUUCACUACCACUGGAGAAGGAUUCAAGCACCUGUUAGUGGACAGAAAAGGAGCCUCUCCCAUCUCCCCGUUCAAGUUACCGCCGUACUGUGGCUACUCAGUGAGAAGGUCAUGGAAUGAACUUGAGAUGAUGGUGCCUUAUGAUGCAUGUUAUGUUACACAGGAGAAUGGCAGUUAUGUGCUGCCCCUGUUGUGGUGGGGCAGCCCACUGAAGCUCACCUGCCCAUUGCAGCUGUCCUCUCGUGCCAGGCUUUUCUUCCCCUUUGCACCCUCAGUCUUCUGCUCCCCCUACGGGAUGGUGGUGCAGAUAAAUGGGCAGGAGCAGGAUUUACCAAUGCUGGGAGUCACAAUGAAUGGAGAUUGGGGUACAUUUGUAUCUGAAGCGUGUGCUUUCCGUAUCCACUCCCAUCGUGAGGAGCAUACCUUCAUUGUCCCCUACAGUGCUCUGUGUAUCACUAGAGGAGAUGGCAUUAAUCUCUAUCUUCGAUUAGAUGAUCAGGAAUACAUCCUCUCCUGUCCAGUCAAUCCUCAGUUUCCCAACCUCUCCUUUCCUCCAGCUCCUAGUGACCCUCAGUUUCCCCAAAUUCCAGACCCUGUUAAUCCUGCACCCACUGCCCCUCCUCCUCCCCCUCCUCAACCUCCAACUCAGGGGCAGAUUGCUCAGCUUCCUGAAUAUCCCUAUUACCCUUAUCCUGGAUUCCACCACCCCCAGCUUCCCCAGGUGUACCCUCCUGGUCCACAACCUGCCCGUCCCACUCAACCCACUCCUGGCAGUCCUCCUGGGCCCCAGCCUCAGCAGCAGUUCCUCACUACUGUUCCUCCAGCUACUCGGCCACCCAAACCUCCACAAAGUCCCUAUUACCCUCAGUAUUAUCUGCAGAUACCUCACUAUCCUGCACCCACUGCAGCACCAGUGACCCAAACACCUGCUGCUUUUAAAACUAUUCCUCAGGAACCUCAGAAACCAGUGGCUCCACAAGCCACCUCCCCCCCUUACAGUCACAGGAUUUGUGGUUAUUACCCUUAUCCCUAUUACCACCCUUUCUAUCCGCCACACUAUCCUCUACCUUACCCCCCUGUACACCAGUCUCCAGAGACUACCACCACCACACGUUCCACAGCGUCUACCCCAACUCGGCCCACUCCACAGAUCCCCCACCACAAGUGUCUGAUGGAGCGGAUGGUUGUCUUCCUGCCUUUUGCUCACCCAGGCUCCAUCCAGGUCAGAGACCAAAUGAAGACAUGGCUGUUCCUCUCCAAUGUGUCUCCACUGUGUGGGUACAUGCUACAGAUGGCUGAGGGCUCCAUGGUAAUCCUUCACUCUCCUCUGCCUGCCUGCCACAGCCAGCCACGGACUCCCACGACCAUUUCCCUAUCUCUGAGGUUUUGGGACCUUUCUAUAGCACAGUACAGAACUCUAGACCUGCAAUGCCCGUAUUCAACUAUCCCUAAAACUCCUGCACCAGUUAUCCCAUCAGCGUCCACUACCCCACCCAGCACCACGCAGGGCAAGAUCAGCCCCUCUGUUGUCCCAAAACCUGAGGUCUUCUGCUCCUCCCACCAGAUGACUGUGGAGCUCCCCUCUGGUCCUAUCUCUGGAAUUGUUGUUAAAGACAUCAAAGGGAACCAGAUGAAUCUCCCGGAUCACCCAAAGUACUGUGGGUAUUCUGUAAGAGAAGGCAAAGCUGGCAAAAUCUAUUUGCGUGUCCAGUUACACUCUCACUGCCACAUGAUUGUGCAGGGUAAAAUGUACAUCACUGUGAUCUACAUGACAGUAAAUGGGAGACAGGAGGCUCAGUUUUCUUGUCCAGUUCCCAUCCCAGCAUCUGUACAAGAGUGCAACCUUCCCCGCGAACAGCGUCUCCCCUGCGGACCCGGCUCUGUGUCCCAGCCACAGUGCCUCUCCAUGGGCUGCUGCUUCAGUGAGCACCCCCCUGCCUGCUAUUACCCCAUGGAUGAGUGCACUGUUGAUCGACACUUUGUCUUCUCCGUGCCUGCCUCCCUCACGGAUCCCUCUCUUUCCCCUGCCAUGCUCGUCAGUGCCGGGAACUCCACCUGCAAACCCUGGAGAGUGACUCCUGACUACGCCUUGUUUAAGAUACCAAUGGAUGGCUGUGGCACACGCAGAGUGAUGGUGGGGAAAACUGUGAUUUACAUGGUGGAGGUCAUCAACAAGGUUCAGGCAAUCAGCCUCAACCAUGGCACCAUAACAAGGGAUUCUCCUGUCAGGUUGUUAGUGGAGUGCAGGUAUCUGCCAAGCCCUGUUCUGAGUGUGAGCUACUUGGUUAAAACUCCCACUCUGGGACCUGCAGUUCAAACCCAGGGGGUGUUUGGAGUCCAACUCAGGAUUGCCAAAGAUGCCCAGUACAGCAGCUACUACCCUCAGUAUCACCAGCCCCUGCAGAUGCUGCUGGGGAAACCCCUCUACCUGGAAGUGCGGCUGCUCAACACCCCGGAUCCCAGUUUGGUGCUGCUGGUACACUUCUGCGUGGCCUACCCCCGCUCUGGAAAGGCUGUGUGGCUGCUGCUUUACAACGGAUGUCCCAACCCCUUGGACCCAGCCCCGGAGCAGGCUGUGCUGUUAAAUCCUAGACCGCCCUCUCCCCAGGCUCAGACCCGCCGCUUCACCAUCAGCACCUUCCAGUUCCUUCCUGAUGGUGAUUUCAAGGACCUGGAUGAGGAGAUCUACUUCAUGUGUUCCACUGAAAUCUGCUCGCCACAUGAUGGGCCUUGUGUCGAGGGAUGCUUUGGCCAGUGACGUUACGAAAUGGAAGAUGCUUGAAGCUUGUGGAGAUUAUGAUCUGACAUCACUUGUUCAACAACUAAUAAAAGCUCUUGAAGGACGCUA